AUGUCCUCUAACACCAACCCUUUUCUUGUAAUUCCUCUUGAUAAGUCCCUCACUAGCUCUUCGAGCUAUGUAGAACAUGAAGACAACGAGAUAAUUACCCACGGCAAGCCUGUCCUGCCAUACGACAUAACAGAACAGAUAUUCAAACAUCUAGAUCCGAUCAAGCGCAUUAGGAUUACCAAAGGAGAUUAUGACGCUAUCAUUUAUAAAUUGUACGAACAGCUCAGACUCAAUAAGGACACCGCUAAAAAGAUCCUUUAUGGGUUCAUCAUCGCCAAUCAACCUGUCGAUGGUUUCGCAAAUCUUUCAGAGACUCAACGUUGGAAAGUUGGACCAAGGAAAAUCGAAUUGCUCAAAUUAGUUUCUUUACUUUCCUUCCAAGAUCCCAAAAGCCUCAGGAUCGCCGGUAAGGAAAUCGACAAAUAUCACGUUAUCACGCAAGCCGGGUCAAGUACGACUCAAGCUGUAUCAUUAACACCUAUGGCACCUGUCUUUGGAGGAGUAAAACACCUCAAGAUCGGUAAGCAGUUAGCUGUCGGUUUAGCUGAGGAUUUCACCAGAAUCAAAAAUGAUUCCCCUAAAAAAGCUCGCAGAGACGGACUGGUUCAUUUCUUGGAAUUGGUAGCGAAAGAUUGUACUCCUAAAACCGUUUGUCUCGAAUGGCCCUCUGAUUGGGAACCAGACGUAGACUGGGAGGAUCUAGAUGAUGAAGGCAAUUUGCAGGAGCCUUUUGCAGCUUAUGCUAUGGACGAUCUGGUUGAAGCUUUGACAGACUACAAUCACGAAAACAAAAUGACCGAAUUCAGAAUCCAUACCUCCUCAUCCGAUAUAGUAGACGCCACGAGUAUGAUGUGUGAACUUCCCAUUGAUUUAGCUCUCAUCUUCGACAUCGAACAAAAAUCGAAUAGGACUAUCGCUGAUUUCGUCAACGAUUUGGUCAGUCUCUACCAAAAUUUACUUCCGGUUCACCUAAUCAACGCAAGAAUUCGUCUUCAACGAACACCACGUCUUGACAUAGCUGUUGCAAAUGCUAUAGUGGCAUUAGAAGACGAAUCUCCAGAUUGGAAGGAUCAUUUCGUUAUGAGUCUCGAUAUAGUGGAACAAGGCGAGAAGCUCUGUCCUUGUGGCGUAUAA